AUGGAUACCAUUCUUGUGGAGACUCUAAUGAGACUGAAAAGAAACUCAAUAGUCAUGAUAUUGUUGAUACAAGGGAUCCUAUCGAGAAAGUUGAUCCGGUGUUUUAUAUAUAUGGACAAGAACGUUACAGUUUGUGACUUGCCUGAGAUUGUAGUUUGCUACAAGGAGAAAACUUAUCAUGUGGUGAAGGAUAUAUGUGCUGAUGAAGGUGUGUUGGUCCAGGAGAAGUCUGUGACGUGUAACUCAAAUUCAAACUCAAACCUGUGUGAGUCAGAGGAUUUGGCAAACCGAGAUGUUGAAAUAUCUUCUAGAGAUGAAGUGGCUACAUCAGAGAAUGUCUUGAAGGAAUAUUUAACUUUGGAAGAUGUUCUAUUAAGGAAAUCUCCACCUCAGUGGUUAUCACGUUUCCCUUACACGCAAAAGGUCUCCACUGGAAGGCACACAUCAUGGACCGGUAGUACAAAGGAAUAUUGGAAGAGACAAGACGCUUCUCAAGUCAUAGCUCUUCUAAUGUGGGAAGGACUUGGGCUUGGAGGCGUUGAAGCUGUGGGGAACUGGAACAUGUACAUCAAUGAUGUGUCUAAGCCUCAUAAGUGCCCUGAAGAGAAGUGGGAAGAUGCAGAGAAAAUAGCAAUGUGUGUGAGAAAACUUAUCAUGUCAGUGAAGGAUAUAUAUGUUGAUGAAGGUGUGCCGGUCCAUGAUUCUGCAAGGUGUAUUUCAGACUCAAACCAGUGUGAGUCAGAGGAUUUGGUGAAGGCAAAUCAACUAGAAACCAAGUCCUUGGAAGACAGAAACAGUAAGCUUGAUAAUUCUGAGCUUGAGAAGGGGACAAGAAGCUUAGACACCACAGCUCACAAAACAGAGCUUGAAGAAACAGAGGAUCCAGAAAAAGCAGAGGAGAAGUUUUCCUGUGUUUCUACAAAAACCUCUCAAGGCCUAUUUGGAGAGACGAGUUUCUCAGCAGCAGAGCCAGUUUCAGGUCAUAUAACAUGUAUGUACUAA